GUAUGUGUGUAAGUGCUCUAAGAACUUCGCUAUGUCUCAAGACUCGACUAGACUUAACCAGUGACUGACUAAAAGUCCUCACAUAAACUAACUUCUUGACUAACCUGGCAAUCAGAACAGCUUGCUUGAACAAUAAAACGACUGAUAAGCCAAACAGCAAUAUAACAAGCAACAGCGACACAGAAUGAGGAACAAGGAGAUAAUAUAACGACACAAGUAGGGACCAUCUGCAGAUCCUCCACAAAAGUCACAAAACUCAUUCUACUGAAUCUAAGUUCAGCAUUGGAAAAUCCUCGACUGUGACAGUGCACAGAUACCAGUACAAAUUAGGUCAGAAGCUACAGCUCAGGACCUGAGCUUCUCAGAGUGUCUAUGCAACACACAACCUCAGUACAAUGUCCAAAAUCACUAAGUCUAGGCCAUGUUCUGUGAACAGAGUUACACAGAACCAACAACAAGAAAGUGACAGAGAUGAUCUUCCAACAGGGGCCAACAAGGGAGAGCAGUAGAGGGAACUCUUGUUAGAAGCAACGUCCAACCAACAAUAAGAAGCGCAGGCCAGGCUGACUACUCCAGGACAGAUCCAGCAUGGCCGUACGGGACGGCUGAGCUGGAUGGCCCUUAUACCCCACCCAAACAGGGAAGCAUUCUCUUGUCGGCGAUGGAUUCUUGGAAGUUAAUUAAGAAGCAUAAAUGUAUCAAGAAGGCAGAAACAGCCAAGAAGGAAAUUCCAUCUGACAAUUCCUUUGUACUCCACGAAGUAGAUGGCGUUUUGAAGUACAAGAGGCCUGAUAGUGAAGAGGACACCCAAAGAAAGAAAAAAGUUCAAGCCAAAGGUAAGCUUAAGAAUUCCUUGCCAUUUUUGCAACAAGAGUUUAUUAGGAAUAACACUUCAUUCUUCAUUAGGAAUUACGAGCAAACUGCUCUUCAGUUUUACUCACUUUCAAAACUAAAUUUAUGUUAUGUUUUGAAUUAACCCUUUCAGGGUCCA